UCUGAUGCAGCCAGCAGCCGGCCUCAAACUCGCCGUCUCUUCAAUUCCGUGCCAGGACUGGAGCCCGCCGUCGCCGCUGCUUCCGACAUUCCCUUUGCCUUCCCUUACCGUACUUUGAUCAAGUGUCAUUAGUUCCAUUCAGGCCCGACUCUAAUACUGCCGGUCGCCCACUUGUCGACCCCAAGGCUCAACUCCAACGCACCCCGACCGUCUGUCCUUGACCUGUCUGCUGAGCCGAGGCACGCACACAUGGAUCACAACAUGACGCCUGACGACAACCCAGGGGGCCAGCAGGAGCAACAGUUCCAGCCUCCCCCGAAGCAACAGACGAGAUCACCAGAUGCCGCUUCGCAAGAUUCGGGCGCGUCCAAGCCCGCUGCGCCCACGCCCAACAAUGCGCAAUCCAAUGCUGCUGGCAGCAUGAGUUUCCGGAGGCAGCGAGCCUCAAGAGCGUGCGAGACAUGUCACGCUCGCAAGGUUCGAUGCGAUGCCGCGAGCCUCGGUGUGCCGUGCACAAACUGCGUCGCCUUCCAAAUUGAAUGUCGCAUCCCUACCCCAAAGCGCAAGAAGACACAGAAUGGAAGCGUCCAGGCGGGGAGAGACUCGGACAGCGACCGAGGGGACGACCGCGAAGAUCGACCGCAGUAUGCCGAGUCGACAGCCGCCGCUGGGUUUCCUUCGCAGGGCCCCGUGGGCUCUCACACCAACCAAGGCACGCCCCUAGCCACGCAGACCGAGGCCCAGGCCAAGAAGGACGAGGUCGACAGCAACACCUACCUCAACCUAGUCAUGAAACCGAAAUUCACACGAGCACCGAUUACAGAGGCCGGCAGAGUUGCCUUCUUGGGGGAGUCGUCAAACUUGACACUGCUGGUUCACGAUCGUCAAGGCGCGGCCGAUGUUGUGCACUACCCCCUGCCUGAAAACGUGAGAGGCUCAAGGGCACGGCUGACGGAGCUGGACAAUGUCGAGAUCGAGAUCCUUCACCAACGAGGGGCCUUUCUGCUGCCGCCUCGCGAGCUUUGCGACGAACUCAUCGAGGCCUACUUCAAAUGGGUCCACCCUAUUGUGCCUGUCAUCAACCGGACACGCUUCAUGAGGCGGUACCGCGAUCCCAAAAAUCCGCCAUCACUCUUGUUGCUACAAGCUGUGCUUCUUGCCGGCUCCCGUGUCUGCAACAAUGCCCAGCUCAUGGACACGAAUGGGUCCACGAACCCGGCAGCCCUCACCUUCUACAAGCGCGCCAAAGCCCUGUUCGACGCCAACUACGAAGAUGACCGCGUCACGAUUGUCCAGGCAGUACUGCUCAUGGGGUGGUAUUGGGAAGGUCCAGAGGACGUCACUAAGAAUGUCUUCUACUGGAGCCGUGUGGCGACGAUUGUUGCGCAAGGGUCUGGCAUGCAUCGAUCAGUCGAGCAGUCACAACUCAGCCGGUCGGACAAGCGCCUCUGGAAGAGGAUAUGGUGGACGCUGUUCACGCGAGAUCGGUCCGUGGCCGUUGCGCUUGGUCGACCUGUCGGCAUCAACCUCGAUGAUUCGGACGUGGAGAUGUUGACGGAGGAGGACUUUAUCGAAGACGAUGCCGAAGGAGGCGGGGAAUAUCCUCCCGACCCGGUCCACGUCCAAUUCUUCCUGCAAUACGUCAAGCUGUGCGAGAUCAUGGGGCUCGUCCUUUCGCAGCAGUACUCUGUGGCCUCCAAGGGACGGCAGCGGAACGCCAUCGACCUCACCCACAGCGACAUGGCCCUGGCCGACUGGCUCCAGAACUGCCCAAAGAUUGUGUACUGGGAAGUACCACGUCACCACUUCUGGUCGGCCCUCUUGCAUUCGAAUUACUAUACCACACUGUGUCUGCUGCACAGGGCACACAUGCCACCGAAUGGGGCAAAGAACCUUGCCGAAGAGUCACCCUACCCUUCGCGGAACAUUGCCUUCCAGGCUGCCGGUAUGAUCACAUCCAUCAUAGAGAACCUGAGUGUCCAUGGCGAGCUGCGCUAUUGUCCGGCUUUCAUUGUGUACAGCUUGUUCUCGGCUCUUAUCAUGCAUGUCUACCAGAUGAGGUCACCGGUACCGUCGAUUCAGCACGUCACGCAGGACCGCUUACGGACGUGUCUUGCAGCUAUGAAGGAGGUUUCCAAGGUGUGGCUCGUCGCAAAGAUGGUGUACACCUUGUUCGAGGCCAUUCUCGGGAACAAGGGCCUGGAGGAGAGGCUACAGAAGGCCGGCGUGAAACGCCAUCGGAAGAUGCAGAGUCUCUCAGAUCCCCGAACCUACGACGGGGGCAAACGCAAGUACGACGACAUGGCCAUCGACUUUACGCCGAAUGCGCCCACUCCUCAAGAAUCAUACGAACGAUCGCGACCGCAGACGCCGAGCCAGAGGGCCGAGGGCUUCACGCCCGCCCAGCCGUCCAUGAUGACCUCGCCUCCACGAGGAGCACCUUCAGAUACAUGGAUGGGGGGCACUGGUUCCAGGUCGCAAACAAGACCUGGAACUCCAUUCAAUCCCUCCUUCUCCGUGCCGACUACGCCUCCCGAUUUGUACCUCGUGACGAGGAACUCGCCAAAUUUGUCGCAGUCUCUGCUGGAGAAUUUCCAGCCCGACCAGCUGUUCCCCGACAGCUCGGCCAUGCCCGCAUUCCCCGCCAUGUCGCCCACACAGACCCACCAAAGCAUAGAUCAAAGCCUCAUGAAUCCGAUGCCGACGCCGACCAUGGCAUCCGCCCAGCCGCAGUCGACACAGCAGCAGGGUCAGCAGCAAGGGUCUCAGCAGGGCCAGGGAGGUAACUUCCAGCAGAGAAACCAGGGCGGCAGCAACAGCAACAGCAAUAGCAACAAUAACAACAACAACAACGGCAUGUUGAAUCCGAACCAGUUCACAUUUGGCAGCGGGCAGUCGCACAUGUGGCAGCCCAACUUUGACGGCAUGCUCCAGGAUGAGCAGAGUCCGGGUAGCUGGAGCACAGGGUCGGCCCCUGGGCAGCCGGCGCCAACGACGCUCAACGUCGAGGACUGGUUUCAAUUCUUCGGGAUCAAUGGGGACGCGAGCAACAUCAACUUUGAUGUGCCCCUGACUUGAGGGCUGUCGGGGGUGCAAGUUUCGC